AGAAAAUCGAAGCCGACGUGGUUAGCCACUACCGACGGCGAGAAAACGGCGACGUAAUGGUUGCAAUUCAUACUGGACUUAUUCCCUCACAAAAUUCCCCCUUCUUUCCCCGCAGCCGCAGGGCGUAGUAACAAUGCCGGAAUUCGGAGCUUGAACCCUGACCCCGCCGUAUUCUUCCACUCAAUCACCGUACCUGAAGAAGAAUCCGCCAUUAAUCCACAGAGAUAUGGAUUCUUACCAUCAGACGCACCAUUUCCCGGGGGCUCCGCCACCUCCGCCGCCCCCCUCCGCUGCCGAUCCCUACUACCACCACCACCACCACCAGCAAUCGUCGUUGAGGUCACCAGUUCCUCCGCAGGGUCCAUGGUUCCACAACCAAUUUCAAUACCACCCUUCGCAUUCUGCGUCACCUUCUCCUCAUCCGCCUCCGUCGCAGUGGGGACCGCCGCCGGCGCCUCAUUCCGAACAUGCUCCUCCUCCUCCUCCUCCUCCUCCUCCCGGUGCUUAUCCUCCACCUCCUCAUCCUUAUCCUUCGCAGCCUAUGCACCACAACCAGUUUCCUCCUCCUCGUCCUCCUAUGUUUCAGCAACUCCCUCCUCAUUCGCAGGAAUGGAACAACCCGAAUUGGGCUCCGCAUCAAGCUUGGGAAUAUCGAGCCCAAGGCAAUGAAGAAGAUUGGGCAGCCAGAGCUAGGGCGUGGGCGGAUGCGAAGACUGCAAUGGACAGUCAGCAAUCUCAGUUUGCACCUACAGGGAGACAUGAAGAACAUAACUAUUAUCAGGAUCAGUACUCGCAACCAAUUAAUUCAAAUCAUCCAGAUAUGUCUCAUCAACCUCCUCCUACAACCUAUGAACAGUAUCCAGCUUCAGCGACAACUGUUGCCCGGCCAUCAGCAGCUCAUCACUUGGAGUCCACACCUGUUACUAUUAGCAGUGAACAAUCUUCUUAUUUUUCAGAUGGGCGUCUAACUUACUCUGUCACUGAUGGUAGUUAUGGAGGCAACAUGAGCUCUGUUUUACAUCACCAAGGGAAAUUAUCUUCAAGUCCAUCGGUUCAUCAGCAGGAGGUACCUUCUAGUAACUAUUCUGUUACAGGUAAAGAAGAUACUGUAGAUCAAAAUAUACAGUCUUUCAAAUCACUACCUUUGAAAAGUUCAUCAGUUCAUGGUGGACAGCAGCAUUUCCAAUCACCUAUUCCUCCGCCCUAUGCAUAUAGCAAUGAGCCAGGGCCAAUUGGUCCCAUGGCCAAUCUUGCAGAUCAGCCUUUAGAUUUUGCUCCUAGGUUCAGUCAUGAUCGUGGUCUAAGAAUGCAUUCUGGCUUUCCUCGCAAUGAUUCAGCCGGAUCCACUAGAGGCAAUGAUUCAGGCGUCCCAAUGCCGUCCUUAAAUUCAUGGUCUUCUAUUUCUCCUGGCAUGAUUUAUCCACCAAUUCCUCCUGUCUUGGCUUCUGGAGCACAGCUUGAUCCUCCUGUAGCUGUACCUUCUUCUGUUCCUGGACACACACCGUCCCCAUUUGGAAGGUUUGCUGGUUCUGGCAUCACCCCUGCAAUUCCUGCUGCCGCUGCUCCAUUUCCUGGUGCUGCACUUCCUGCCACAGUUUUAUCUGGUGAUGCAUAUGGCAUGUCAACUAUGUCUGAACGUCCAAAAAAGGCCUCUGUGCCAAAUUGGCUCAGAGAGGAAAUCAAGAAAGCAGUUAUCACAAGUUCUUCUGCUGACCAUCCUAAGGAGGAUGCUGAGCUAAUGGAAGAUCAAGGAGUUGACAAGUCUUAUGCAAAGGGUGAUCAAGCUGAUAGUAAAAGUAUUGAUUCAUCUAGGUCGACUGAAGAAGAAGAUGAUGAGGAUGUUGUAGAAGAAGCAAGAACUGCAGCAACAAAUCAAGAAAUCAAGCGUGUGUUGACCGAAGUACUCUUAAAGGUUACUGAUGAACUGUUUGAUGAAAUUGCUACAAAAGUUCUUGAUGAAGAUGAUCUCGCUGUUGAAGCCAAGCUUACUUCAAAUCAGAAUGUCUCUUCAUCUCCCUUUCCAGUCUCAACUCCCAAAGCUUCUGCCAAGGUUUUGUUGCCAGUCAAAGUUCAGGAACCUAAUAAUGACGAUACUAGUGAAAAGUCGAGUUCCAGCUCACCUGGAGAUGUACUUGGUCUUGGAAAUUAUGCUUCUGAUGAUGAAGAAAAUGAUGAUAGAGAUGGUGAAAUUCAGAGUUCAAAUAUGCAAGGUUCCAAGACAAUGUUCAAUGUUGAGCUAUCCAGUACAAAAAGAAAUUUGAGAGAUAUUCAAGAUGCAGUUGGAAGUGCUAGCCCUCGAGGAAAUGUUAUAGAGCACAGUGGAAAUCAUGUAAUAAGUGACAUCAAUGAUGGUCCAACCAGUUCUGUUAAUGAAAUGAGUAAAAGCACAGGCUUCAGUAAGCUGAAUGAUGAUUGGAUGGAUCGAGAAAUGGGUCAAGAACAUUCAUUGAAGCCAAGCUCUAAAGGUAAAGAUAAUGAGACAAAGUUUGGGGAUGGAAUUGCCUUUGGGACAAGGGAUGUUUUAGGCAUGGUAUCUGAACAGCAAGGAAAGAAUGUGAAUGGUAAAAAUGUAUCUAAAGAUCCGCAUGAUGGGGAAACUAAAAUAAAACCGCUCGAUAGUGGUAAGCAGGAAAGUAUGAGGGGUUCUUCAUUGAAAGAUCGUGUCAAGGAAGAAGGGGAGGUAAAAACUAGAACAAAUGAGAAAGCAGAUGAGAAUCGUCUGAAGCAAGAUGCCAGGCGCCCGAGGAAGGAAGAGGCAGAUGAUCAGACUGUUCAAAAGGGAAAAUUGAAGGACCAAGGUGUUAAGUCUGGCGAGAAAGGUAAGGAUUCCGACUUGAGACACAGGUCUACACGUCAAAAUUCAAAGGACGAAAGGAGAGAAGACAAGCAUCUGAGGGCCAGCACUAAAGAUGGAACCGACAGAAACAGGGUGUACACAAAAGACGACGAAGGCAGAACGAGACAGAAAAUCUCAAGUGAAUUGACUAGGCACAAGAGCAGUAGAGACAGAAAUAAAGACAAGGCCAUCGAUCGAUCAACCAAUUCGAGUGAUGACUCGGAUGAUUCUAAAAGGAAGGUGAAAUCCAGAAAGCGUGACAAAUCCCCAUCUCCAAUCAGAUCUAGGAGAAGACAAGUAUCGCGGUCACCACAUAGCAAGCACUCUCAGCGCAGGCAUUCUCCCUUCUCUUCUCUUGAAACCACCAGGUAUGCCGCAAUGUCCAUAGAUUUAGUUUGUGUUAUGUGUUCUCAGGACAUGUGCACACUCAUCCUCAUAACAGUAAGCUGCUCCAAUGGAUGCUUCAGAUUCUUUGUUACUGAUUGUUCUUUAGGACUAACUACACAUAUCAUACAGGGCAAGGAGGUCAAGGUCUCGGUCUCCUGCAAGACGGCGCAGAUGAUUGUCAAAACAUUGCGCAGUAUGAAGGCGAUUGAGGCAGGACUUUGGUCGAUUUGGCUCUCCGGAUUGGUAUUGAUUGCUCUCUCGUUAUACGCUACUCAAAGUUUGCCUUCACUCAAGGAUCGUUUUGUGAAGCCCAAGCUUCGCUACACAGCCUUCGGCGAUCGACGUAGUCCUUCAGUUUCCAUAUUCUCUGCGCCUCGCUCUUUCACUGGUAAUAUUGGCGUUCGACAGAGCUUGGCUAUUCGGUCAUGGCUUGCUCUUACCCCACAAAUUACAGUCGUUCUGUUCAGCCAAGACCUUUCCGUUGUCGCAUAUGCACGUUCUCUCAGUUCGCGGGUUUAUGUUGAUAGCGACAUUGAUUUUACAUUCCUUGGAACCCCAUAUUUCCAUUCAAUGAUGGCAAGGUCUCAGUCAUUUGCAUCAGACAUUUGUGCCUUUGUUCAUCCUGAAACUAUUCUUCUUCCUGAUUUUAUUUCCACUCUGAAUUAUGCUUACAAACUCAACCGUGAUUGGCUGCUGGUUGCUUCGUCCCGAAACAUCUCCUACAUACCAUUCUACUUUGAUGAGUCCAAGAGACAUUUCCCAACGGAGGAUAAAAAAUCGACGAGAUUACAGAAGGAGCUGCUCAAUGAGCAUUGGCGAUGGAGUCACUGUGGAGGGAAGGAACUAUUGGCAUGGAACAACCAGGACAUUCCGUUGCACAGUGGAGUUCUUCCUCCCUUCCUGUAUGGAAGAGGGAUCCAUAACAAUUGGGUCAUCAAUGAAGCUGUGGCAUCUGAAUUCAGGUUUGUGUUUGAUGCUAGUUGGACCAUCAGCAGUUUCUAUCUCCAAGAUCCAGAGCAACCAUCUGAUAAUGAAACAAGAAGCUGGGAAUAUUCUGGCAACUACCUUCUUGGUUCACUAUAUGGAUCUUCAUUUCAUCCGGAUGCUAAAUAUUCUAGUCUGGUGAAACUUCUCAAAUGUAAUGAGCAAUAUAUUCUGACCAACACAACAGAAAAUGCAACUUAUCUGCCAAAGAACCAGAGAAUCCUUAGUUUAUGGAACACGCAGCUGUUGCAUUUUGGGAAGAAGAAGAUGAAGAAGCCUACGGCUUGUGACCAUGGCUUUCGAUCACUGAAUAGACUACAUGAUUGCUCAUUGGAAAAAAGGGUAUCAUCUUCAGAAACUUUAGAGUUUCCAUUUUCCUUAGAGUUUCUCCUUCCCCUAAUUGCAGACAAGAAUAAGACAAUUGUACUGACAGUUGCUGGAUAUAGUUACAAGGACAUGUUAAUGAGCUGGGUUUGCAGAUUGCGCCACCUACAGAUACCAAAUUAUUUAGUUUGUGCCCUUGAUUCUGACACCUAUCAUUUCUCAGUCUUGCAGGGCUUGCCUGUCUAUAGACAUCCAUUGGCUCCAACCAAUAUCAGUUUCAAUGACUGUCACUUUGGAACAGAGUGCUUUCAGAGGGUGACAAAAGUGAAGUCCAGAAUGGUUUUAAGAAUUUUAAAGCUGGGUUACAACGUACUUCUCAGUGACGUUGAUAUAUAUUGGUUUAAAAACCCUCUGCCUUUUCUUUACAGUUUUGGUUCUGGUGUUCUUGCUGCACAAUCUGAUGAAUACAAGAAGACAGGACCAAUUAACUUACCUAGACGCCUGAACUCUGGGUUUUAUUUUGCUCGUUCUGAUGGAUCAACAAUAGCUGCCAUGGAGAAGGUGGUGAAGCAUGCAGCAACUUCGGGCCAAUCGGAGCAGCCAAGCUUCUAUGAUACCCUUUGUGGGGAGGGUGGUACUAAUCGAAAGGGUAGUACUAAAUGCUUGGAGCCUGAAACGAAUUUAACUGUUCAUUUUUUGGAUAGAAACCUCUUCCCUAACGGUGCAUACCAAGAACUUUGGAAAAAGAAAAAUAUCAAAACAGCCUGCAGGAAGAAGGGCUGUUUUGUUCUCCACAAUAACUGGAUUAGUGGAAGACUAAAGAAACUAGAACGUCAAAUGUUUUCAGGCCUUUGGGAGUAUGACACGAGCACAAGGAUGUGCAAGCAUAACUUGCAAGGUAAAAUUUGGUGAGUUCCUUUAGUAGAGCGGAGGACUUGAAGAAACUACUUUCAAAUUGGAUGGCUUUUUGCCUUCUCUCCCACAGGCAUGAAUUUGGAAGAGAGAUACUAUUGGAAGGUAAACGUUGAGCUUGUGGCUAGACCAUUGGUGCAUACAACGUGUUCUUCAGAUGAAUUUUAAGGGUUCGAUCAAAUGCUCUUUCUGUUCGUUUAUUGAUGAAAGCUCAGCAUUCCAUGUGACCAUGAAUAUCAGUGAAACCAGUCAAGAAUAUCAAUGUUCUUGUCACUCUGUCAGCUACAGUCUAUCAUUCCUUCUGCUAACACUGAGAAACUGAAGUUAAGCAACACAGAGAACUUUUAAGCAGCUGACUGUUGGAUGAGAAGAUCACUGAUUAUGAGUCUGUGAAAUGAUAGUUGUAACAACCCAAGCCCACCGCUAGCAGAUAUUGUCCUCUUUGAGCUUUUUCUUUCGGGCUUUC